GCUGCUAUUGUGGGCGAUACUGACAUCGAUGACGGGGCGCCGCGUGUAAAGGGGCAUUCGCGUGUGAGUGAUACGCAUGGAGCCGCACUACAGCCAUUCAUGAGGAUCAAUCCAUGCUCCAUUGUGCAAGUCGUAAAUCAUAAACAAUAGCACCAGGAAUGCGUAAAUGAAUAGUGGGACGUCUAUGUCGGUGGUGGAAGACGAUUCAUACUUUUGAAGGCCUAUUCUUUGUAAUUUAACAGUGGAUUUGGCCUGAAGGAAUACACAUUUCAGCAUCGUUUUCUCGUCUUGCUUCUGCCUAUGGUACUUUAGUACAUGUACGAGCGGGUGCAGCAAUAAGAAGAACGACUCGUGGAGCUGAUGGCGCUGGACAGUGUUGUGUUGGUGUGAAGGUUUGAAAGGUAGAAGAAAACAGCGAAGCGAAGAUUGUGAGCAGUUUGUGCAAAGAAGGAAAAUUGGUUACCAUAUUGGGUUAUGGCAAACAUCAUCGAUUGAUGUGUCCAAACAAAUAAUCUGGAACGAAGAGCCAGUUAGUCAUCUCAGCUUGUGAGUUCACUUGAAUUCAGCGUGUGCUUGGGGGAACAGUGUGAUCAAUUCUUGUUCUGGUCAUCUACGUUGAAUCAGAUCUGUGUACAAAACCCAUACAUCCCCCAUCUCGGAAACUGGAAUCAAACCAGCUCGGAACCGGUUCCCCAGUUAACGUUGUGAAAAGUGCUACACAUCGAUGGACCGGAGAACGCGAAGAAACGGUAAACAAAAACACGGCGAAAGCAAAGCGCCGAUAACCAUUGACGCGUGCUUGGGUGUGUUUGUGCGCGGAGCCGUGCUCGCGCUUUUCAUGUGUCAAUAAGCCUACAGGGCCCUAGAAGUUAACCUGAAGUGAAGUUGUUUCUGUGGCCUACCCUGGCAUAGAGAAUCGCCUACUGGACUUCGCCAAUGAAAGCGUAUUACAUAAAGGAAAAGUUUACACGGGUGGCUAAGCUUCGAUCCAAGCGGAUCUCAACAGAAUAGAGGCUCUGUGUUUGGCAUACGUUACAACUUAGUGCGGCAGCAUUUGAAGGUAUUCUUGGCCUCGAUAAAGAGUUGAGUCAUGCAACGACAACAUCGUCAUCAACAACAACAACAGCAGAGGUGUUGGUCACUGAAGUGAAGAAUUAUUAUUACGAAAUUUGCAAGGCAGGGCACGCACGAGUACAAGUCGAGGCGCCAACGAGUGAGCCAACCGUGCGGAUAUUGUGCAGUCGAGUGGAAAUAUCGUUCAAUUCGUUUCGGGUGGGCGAAAAAGAAGUGAAUGAAUCGCAAAGAGUUUCGCCGAAGCCUAAUCGAAUAAUAGCCGUUUCAGGAGAGGAGUGUGUUUGUGUAUAAACGAAUAUGUACACAGCGGUUUUUAGAGUUUUGUUUUUCGUUUCGUAAAUAAAGCGAAGUGAGUGGUUUGUUGUUUUAUUCGAAUAAUGCAGUGGUAGAGGAGCUAAAACGUGGAAUGGAAGAUCGCAAAUGAGAGAGUGAAGUUGAAGCAAAGAAGCCGGGGCACAUCGAGUGCUAAUUAAGUGUGGGUUUGGCAAGUUGAACCGGAGAGCACCAAAUACUGGCCCCGAAGUGUUGAUUGGUACAGUGCAAUUUAGCAUCACUGGAGAACGGCACUUAGCGAGUUGCACUUACACAUCGCCGACGACAGACGAGAAAGAAGCGGAGAUCAUUGACUGUGCACAGCCGGAGUCUGAGCGUGAAGAUCAGCAGAGUUCAAUAGGAUUUUUCCCCCCGAACGUCGAGCUUCGACCCGUGUGACUGAGAAAAGCUUCAGCCAGUGAAAAAAAAAUAGAAAGUGAAAAAGUGAAUGUGUGAGCGAGUGAGAGUAGGCGUAUGUGUGUUGCCUUCGACGGUUUUCUUUUUUUGAGAAGAGAAAGUGCAAAGUGGAAAAAAAUACGAAUCGGAGGCGGCAGCACACGCGGAUAUGUGAUAAGGCAUCUUCAUAGGGACGACCCUGUCCAGAACGGCAGACAGGCAGCUUGAAUUUCAAUGAGGAUCAUGAAAACGUGCUCCCUUAUCUGAUUAGCUGCUGACAUCAUUUCAACGGUCACUUAGCUAGAAUAUGACACUACAGAAGACAUCUUGAUCAGCACUGUGCAAAAAAUCUCCUAGCGGCCCAAUUUUUAAUCAGCUAUGCUUGGUUCUUCCUGCUGAGGUUCCGUUCAACGGCCAUUCAACAAGCGUCGCUUCGAGCGAUAACACCGUUUGUAAUCGAAAAGUGAUAACCCACUCGCUUCAUGCCUAAAUCCGCACGAGGCAAUAACAGCUAGCAUCUGCCCCAGCAGUACGACCGACAUUGUAUCGGAUUUCAUCCUGGAUCUCCUACGACUGCAGGAAGACAACGUGCAUCAACAAACAUGACGAUGGAUGACCGGGAGAAGCGACAACGCGGGCCCCCACUGUACGCCCUGUGGACCGUCAUAAUUGCAGUGCUCCUGCUCCAGCUGACCGAAUCGGUUCAGGGGAACGCCGAGAAAGAUUUCACCCAGCAGUGCAACAAGUGCCGUUGCAGCUGGAAGAGCGGCAAGCGAAACGCGGACUGCACCAAUCAGGGGUUGGAUUUGAUACCGGACGAUUUGAGCUCGGAGCUACAGGUUCUCGACCUCUCUCUCAACCGGAUAGGAGAGAUACGAGCAUUUGAGCUGAUGCGCGCCCAUCAACAGAAUUUACACAAACUGUACAUAAAAAAUAGUACGAUCGAAACAUUACACAAGGAUUCGUUUCGAAACUUAACGAUCCUGAUCGAGUUGGAUCUAUCGAACAACAAAUUGAAACGCCUAGAUCCGGGCCUUUUUGAUGACUUGAAAAAGUUAAGGGUCAUUAUGCUGAACCACAACCAAAUCGAACGGAUAGAGAACAAUCUGUUCCAGAAUUUAAAAUUCCUGACCAAGAUCGAACUGAAUGACAAUCUGAUCUACAGGGUAGCAUUGCACAGUUUUAUAAACGUCCCAGCACUGUCACAGAUCGAGCUGGACUACAAUCGACUGCAGAUUCUUCGCAAGGAAACGUUCGUCAACUUGGAGAAGCUGACCAGCCUAUCGUUGACAAACAAUCCGUGGAACUGCAGCUGUGCGCUGCGCAAUUUCAGCGAAUUCGUCAUGACCAACAGUCUGUACCGAUCGCCAACGACCUGUGAGCAUCCGGCGAUGCUCAAAGGCAAAGAGUGGAACGAAAUUCAUCUGGACGAAUUCGCCUGCCGGCCGCAAAUCAUAGAGAACCGACUGAUCUAUCCCAGUGAGGGGGAAAAUGCUACCUUCACGUGUAAGGUAACGGGACUGCCACUUCCAAAGGUAGAUUGGUUGUUCCACAAGCGACCCGUCUCCACCAAGAACGACAAACGGUGGAGCGUGACCUACGCCGUCAGAACCAACGGCAAAGACACCAACGAGGUGCUAGUUUCCGAGCUGACCAUAGUGGGCGUGAAGCCUUCGGAUCGCGGUUCGUACGUCUGUAAAGCGUCCAAUCCGGGUGGAACGGACGAAAGUGAACAGUUCUUCGACCUAACGAGCCCCCUGCCCAAAGUGCAACCGAAUCGAACGAACGACAUCCUGUGGAUUGUGCUGUUUGUGGUGCUGACGAUACUGAUCGUGCUCAUUCUGGUGAUCAUGGUGUUGUGCUGCGUUUGCCGCAAGACGCGUCGAUUCAAGAAGAACUCGUCGGUCAGCGAAAACGGGCUGAUGAACUCGAAGAUGGACAAGUCGGCGGACGGUUCCGUGCUGGAUGGGGGUUCGGUGAUCAUGGAGAUGCAGAAGAGCUUGCUGACGGAGGUGAAUCCGGUGGAGAAGCCGCCGCGGAGGACGGACAUCGAGGCGAGCGACAAGAACGACUACGACGAAGGGCACGAAGUCAAGAAGACGCUGCUCGAGGAAACGGGAUUCGCCGCUCAGGAUGAAGAAACGGCUUCGGUAGCCCAGUCGGACAGCGCUCCACGAACCCGAGCAGCCUACGUUGAUGAUGGAGGUUACGGCACCACCAACCUUCCACCGGAUCUGCUUUCCUUCCCAAAUACCCGCUUUCCCCAAUCACCGUCGAUCCAGAGCUCAAUGUCGAACAUCCACGACGGACGAAUCUACGCCACAAAGUCGCCCCUGUCCAGUCCAAUCUACCAGCACAGCUCCAGUAUCCUGGGUGCUACCGCAAGUGGCCAAGUGCCAGCCGGUUUCCGAACGCUUCAACAUCCCAAGACGGGACGAACGAUAGCGAUCGCCACUCAACGGUCCAACUCACCCUUCACACCGGCACCGCUCAUCUAUCCGCAAGUGGUCAUGAAGCAAGGCUACGUAACCAUUCCUCGCAAGCCGCGCACCCCCAGUUGGACCCCAUCGAUCAAUUCGACGGCUACGACGGCGGAGCUCCUACCGCCCACUAGCCCCACGUCCACCGGAGAGCUAACGGCAGCGGCCGAACCGGUAUACGACAAUCUCGGCCUCCGAACGACGGCAUCCGGCAAUUCGACGCUCAAGCUGAACAAAUCGGCCAACAAAACGGGUCCCAGCAGUACGUACAGUAUGAAGAAUCGACCACUUCCAGCGACACCCGGUGGACAGACGGCCCUGCCGACGACGCACAACACCUCCACCGGUAGCAACUACGAAUCAAUCCCUGAAGUGGGAGGACAAUCAGCGACGACAACGAUGCCAUCGGCCACGACGCUAGCCGGCCUGGAAGCGAUCUACGGAAGGACGGCGAGUGGCGGCGGCGGCAGCAGCAGUAGUAGUAGGAGCAAAGUACCGCCCCGACCACCACCGAAGCCUAAAAAGAAGCCCAGCCUAGCGGGGGUCGUUGGGGUACCGGCGGUGACAUCGUCCGGAUCGAGUGGCUUGGCCAGCACCAGCAGCACCAGUCCGCUGUUCGCCGACGAAGGGGAGGACGGAACGGAGGUCUAGCUGCCACUGUGGGUGCUGGUGGCGGCGGUGGCAGCGCAAUAAACGACGACGAAAUUACCGAUUUUCCUUUUUAGGGAACCGACGAUCGGUAGUGUGAGUAGCUUUUAAAGAUUCUUAUAUAUAUUCAAACAUAGUAUAUUCGGUGAAAUAUAGUUAAUAGUUAUUUUUUCUACUCUAUUUGAACGUACAUUGAGGCGUGGUGUGACCGUAAUGAUGAAGUGAGGAAAGUGAGAACGAAGCAAAGAGAGAGAGGAGUAAAAUUAUGAACUCUAGUGUAAUAUACAACUGAUUGAAGAAACCAUUUACGAUGAAUCUUUAUGAAAUAGCAUUAAAGUGUACUAUUAUGUUUUUUAUAAGAAAAAUGACAGAAAGCAACGUAUAUAAAAAUGAUGAUCAAAAGUUUUGAAUUAUAUAGGCUAAUGUUGCUAGUUUGUAAAUUAGCUAAUAAAAAUGAAAUGGAACGAAAGUAUUGAACUACACAAACGAAUAGCUAUUUAUUUUACCAUUAGAAAAUGUUGGGAGCGCCCUACCUAGCAUAAUGCCGUUUUGAACCGUUUCAUAUGAUCUUCGAUAUGGACAUAAAUGGUCUACUUUUCCCGUUUUUGCAAACAGAGAUUUUUCUGAAUAGAAUUCAAAAAUAGGAAAACAAAUAAAAAGUGUUCAUUUGUUUCCAGACUUUUUGCCAAAAGUGGAUUGUAAUAUCUUCACACUAUGACAGUAAAAAAAAUUGAACUGUUGCCCGGUCUAUCUAAUAAUUCUUUUUAUCAACAUUUUUAAUUCAAUCUCUUUUUUCUAAUCUCUACAAAUAUUUUUGUUUUAGUAAAGUGUCUUUAGGUUAAUUAAAAAAGUCCAGAAGAUUGUUUGUUUUACAUUUCACUUUUCUUCUCAUACCGUUUGUAUUAUUCGGGAAUAGAAAAUCCUUUAUGUAAACCAAUCGAUUACGUCAAGCACGCUAUUAUGUUAGGUAGGGUACUCCGUAGCAGUCGGGUGAGGCACAGUAUGGAAGCAAAUGCUAGAAAGCAGCGUGAAAAAUUUAAUUUCGAAAUCAGGGGACAACUUUACCAAUUACUUUUUUUUUAAUUUUUUCACAACUCAUGACGUUUGAAACGAUAGAAUUAGAGGCCUGAAUAAUUAUAUAUUAUAUAGUUAUAUAAAUAAUUAUUCAGGCCUCUAGAUUGAAUGAUCCUGUAAUUUUAUGCCUCAAAAUAUGUCAUCAGUGGCGUGAGAGCCAAAGUUAUGUAAAAUGACAUUUACAUAAUUCCAUUUCAUUGUACCUACUUGUUGUAAACUCCUCGUCAUGUCCUACACUUUGUAUAUUUGGAAAAAUGAUCGGUUGGUUAAAGCCAUAGCAAUUUACUAACUAACUAUCAUAAGUGACUAGAGGAAAUUUAGGCUCAUUAAAAUUCCCGAAUCGUAAAUAAUAUUUAAAAGAAGUUAUCAGAAAAUUAGUUACAUUACACCGCAAUAACAUAUCUCAACACUGAAAGAAAUUCAAUGUUUUAUGACUCCAUCUAAGUAAAAUCUGACAUUCUCAAAGAACUAUUUGAAUUCUUACAGAACAUAAACGGCAUUUUGUUUUACGGUUUUUCUAGGCUUGAACGUCAACCAACGGGAUCGACGACGUGAAACAUUGUCCCUGAUGUCCGACUCCGGCAUGAAGAUCUGCUGUGAUGUUGUGAAGGUCGUGCUCGGUAGUAUGUUCGAUAAGAUGUUUUCGGUCCUGGGGUGCUUAGGCUUGUUACUCUGGAGUGCGGAAAUGACACUUGCCGAAUCAGAUAGGAUGAGGAUGGGUUUCCCGGACCAAUAGAUGGUGGUGAUGAGUGCCGCGGCUGCUUCGACCGAGAAGAUGCUGUACAUAACAGGGAGGCUGUCUGAGACAGUGAAAACGGUCCCGGCGACCCCAAUACCGGCUCCACGGCCCGAAAUUGGCCGUAAUCCUGUGUUCGUGUCUGUGGAAAUCUCUGCGAAGGAGCUCGGCCACAGACCUUCUAAGAGCCAUAGAAUUUUCACCCCUGCGGAGGUUGCUAGCUAUGGAGCUAUUUACCGUGGCUUGCUCCUCACUUCAUGCCAGUGGACUCGCGCUACUGGGGGGAGACCAAUGCCGGCCAUUUUGCGCAGAAUUCGGUCCCCUCCAAUGAGGAUAGGGAUCCUGUAUUCUCCGGAGGUGACUGCGGCGAAUGAGGCGGCUCUGCGGCUGAUGGCCGCCAGUACACGAUGGCGAAAAGGUAAGAUGCCUGGCAGACUUGGCUGGUGUUAAGGGGAACAAUCCUCGGCUCGGUGAUACAUGUCAGUUCCAAGCCGUAGAAUAGGCGGCUACCAAUAAUAGCCACCCCGAAUCUUAACCGGAGCCUCCUGCUGUUGGUUCGAUGAGACUUAGAUAAGGUCCGAACCAGGUUGAAUCUGGUCCGACAACCUACUUUGAUUUCCCGGAAAACCGGAAGGAACGAAAGGCUCCGGUCGAUGGAGACUCCAAGAAGCAGCAGAAUGUCGUCUGCGUAUAUAUAGAUGUAUAUGUUGGCGGAGAAGGAACGAAAACACCCGUCCAUUGCCGCAAGAAAUAAUGUGACGGCUAGAACGGAGCUCUGUGCUGCCGUAAUCUGGAAAAGUGACGUAAGCGCCAAUUUACAACAUACAUGUUUUCCAUUUUUCUGUUAAAGAGCUCGUUGAGUAGUACUCGUUAACACCAUUUUUGUGAAAUAGCGUAUACGUCACUUUUCCAGAUUACGGCAGUGUGGAACUACGGUUUCCUCUGGAAAUAUCCUCGAACUAUGAUUGCCAAUCCGAACAUGAAAAGAGCGCCCUGUGAGGGAAUUCAAGACAGAAGCAAGGAGGUUGCCGGAAAAUCCACAGUCCACACUCUUUUAACUGUUGGGGUCAAAGUCCUGUUGAAGGCCUUAGAGAACGCCGUCGUGGUAGGCGUUCUGCAGUACAUCUUCUAGGUAUGCAAAAUAAGUGCCCGUGCGGUAUCCCGAGUGGAACGCGUGCUGGCAAAAACCCAACCUACCAUCGGCUUCUAAUUUGUCUCUCAUCCGCCGAUUCACUAAUCUCUCCACAACCAUGGGAGCCCUCCUUAGCCGCGUGCUUAAAGAACACUAAGCUGCGAGGUGGCAGUGUCCCAGUAAGGGAUGUAUUGCCAAUGAAGAAGAAUGGAGACACAACAGGUCAGUGGUGUGUGACUUCUAAGGAGGAAAUAUUGUUCUUGGGGAUGUACCCAAGGCUUUUUCGCCAAUCGUCCGGAAAUAUGUACUACAUGUACUGAAAUAUGUACUAAAUAAUAUACUACAGAAAACGGAUUUUGGCGGAGAGAGGACGGUUUUGGAUCAUGGGGUAACCAAUUCCAUGAGGACCUUAUGAUUUUCCGUUACUCCUUGAGACGGCGAAGAACAGUCCAGGAGCGGAAAGCGGAUGAUAAAAAAUUGGCGUUUUGUGAAUCAGGGAAACUCGAAAGUUGAAAAGUGAUGAAGAUCUGCUGGUGAUGCUCCGCUGGAACUUAGCUGGAUAAUUGUUGACGAAGACUAAACCGGCAAAUUAUUCUCCGACAGCGUUGACUAGCUCUGGUAGAUCGGAGAUGGUACGAUCAGGUGUGUCGAUAUGGAUGCGGGAGGAUCUUCGCGUACCACAAAGUGCGUUUACUUUUACCCAGAGUUUAGCUGCAGAUUGGCCGGUUUUGACCCAGUCGAGAAAAUCCUCCGACUGUUUUCUCUUCGCUUCAAGAAUCACUGACCUGUGUUCAUAGUGUUUUUCUUUAUAGUACCUUGUUAGGAUGAUCGGCGGGAAGUCUCUGGAGCGCUCGGAGGGCCUUCCUUCUGGCCUUUACCACUCGACGCGUGUCGUCCGACCACCAACGCAGAGCCUUUCGUCCUGACCGCGUGCUAGAUGAAUUGAAAUCAACGGCGGCAUCGAUGACGGUUUUGGUGAGUUCGGGUACAGUUAUGGGUGUGUUCCGUUCAAAUUAGUGUCAAAGAUGGUGGUCAAUGGUCAUAUGCUUCCCAGUCAGCGGCAUCGUUACUCCAUCUUGGUCCCGGGGUGAUGUCCGGGGGUCGGUCGUGGACCCUUCCCAUUCAAGAGAUGGGAGUAUGGACGACUGGCUGCGGUCACGUCGAUGGCGGUGGCCGAGUGGCUGUUAAAGAAGCUGAGCGAAGUUAAAAGUUACUAAGUCUGCGUUCUCGAAAGAUUCGAGAAGAGCGAUAGCACGGGCAUCAGUUGACAGUUGCAGGGGGAAAGUGCGUCCCUCUUCCGUCCGCCCCGUCUACCCAGGGUACCGUUAUUGUGCUCUUCGUUCGAGACCUUCCCCGGACGCCGUGGUCCAGAGGUCCCGGUUAGGGUAUGGCUUCCGGUCCUAAGGUGCGACCACUGUCCGGAUCAGGAAACGGCACAGAUGUUGCAGUAGUGUGGUUCGUAUUUGGCACGUUAUGUGUUGGGGUGCUCGUUAAGAAGGUGGUUAAGGUUUGAAGGAAGGUCCGCUACCCUUUUUGUUAGUGAUACGAUGGUUUUUUGUCGUAUGUAUUGAUGAAACUUCAUUUAGGGGUACAUUGGAAGGGGUGAUUUUAGCCAUAGUUUCUAUAUUUUUACAUUGGGUGUGUCUAAAGCGAGUUUUGUGUUUUAGAUAUAGACAGUGGAGUAUAUAGAUGAGCAAAAAUAAAUCCUCUACCUUCAAACGAACUGUCAAACGUGCCUCCAAAUGAGUAUGUUCGCGCAUGAAGCAAACGAAAAUCAAAUAAUCCCUCCUUGAUUUUAUCUUCAUCAUCUUAUUUGAUAUCGUGUGUUUCCAUGCCACAAAAUUUCAUUCUUCCAGUCAACAAAACAUGCACUGCUCAGUGUUGGUAGAAUCAUGCUCAAAUAUUAAUCAUCGAAUCUCGCGAGAUAACUCGCUUGCGAUUCUGCAGGGAGAGCAUUGCGCUCGAUUUUUUUUCACACUGAUUUCGCUUCAAAAAGCGUAAAAACCCGAUCGAAGCGUAUUUUUUGUUUACGUAUGGAUUAAUUAUCCAUUGUUUUAAGCAAAGAAAGUGUAUUUUAUGAUUUCAAAGAAGAAGAACACGUAGAAAUUAUGCAAUGGUAAUGUAGUCGUAUCAUGAACGAUUCUUUGGGCCAUCAGUCGGGUGGGAUUUGACUCACGCUUGAUCUGAAUCAUGAGUGAGAUUUGAGAUUUUGAGUUUCUCCCAACAAUGGUACUGCUACCUGCUAAAAGCUACGCAAAACAAGAGCUCUCCAACGUGUACAGUCACCGCUAUCAUCAGCAAUGAUCACUGUAUCAACAGCGAGAAUUUUCUCACCAAAGCCAGACCCCCAUAAACUUAGAAGAAUCCUUUUACAUUGUAAUUGUAUACUACCAGACUAUAUAUACUGAGUCUUCGACUGAAUCUGCGAAGCUUUGCAUAUACCUGGCGAAAAUUUUUCCUGAGGCCACUAAGGACGACAUUAUUAGUCUCGCCAAGCAUUGCAUGUAGCUACACGUCGCCAACCCCGCAGUCUACGGAGGGUCCGCUGCGCACCUCGCCUUCUGGCUACGUGCCCAGCUCACCGCAUUCUUACGAUUUUCGCGGUGUGAACGAUGGAUGGUAGUCACAGCAGCUCAUGCAACUCGUCGUUCACUCGCCUCCUCCACGUACAGUCCGCCAUCUGCACCCCACCAUAGAUGGAACGCAGCACUUUCCUUUCGAAAACACCAAGUGCGCGUUGGUCCUCCACGAGCAUCGUCCAGGUCUCGUUUCCGUAGAGGACUACCGGUCUAAUGAGCGUUUUGUGGAUAGUCAGCUUGGGACGGCGGCGAAUUCUAUUCGAUCGGAGCGUUUACGGAGUCUAAAGUACGUACGAUUUCCUGCCAUUAUGCGUCUCGGAAUUUCUCUGCUGGUAUCGUUAUCGGAGGUCACUAGUGAGCCCAAGUACAUGAAUUCUUCAUCCACCUCGAUUUCGUCACGAAUACAAACUCAUAAUGGGUGGCUUACGUUGCCCUCUCUUGAGCCUCUUCUUAUCAUGUACUUCGUCUUCGACGUGUUGAUUUAGCUUUGCUUUUCAGUCUGAUGUAGGCUUCCUCCAUCCUCUCAAAGUUACCACAAUAUCAAUGUAUUUUUAUUACUCCCUCCAAAACGAUGUUGAAUAGCAGACACGAAAGACCAUCACCUUGCCGUAACACUCUGCGUGUUUCGAAGGGCCUCGAGAAUGCCCCCGAAAAGCGAACUACGCACAUCACCCGAUGCAUCGUCGCUUUGAUCAACUGUAUCAGUAUAUCCGGAAAUCCGUGUUCGUGCAUUACCUGCCAUAGCUGGUCCCGAUCGAUUGUAUCAUAUGCGGCUUUGAAGUCGAUGAAUAGAUGAUGUGUGGGCACGUUGUAUUCGCGGCAUUUCUGCAGUACUUGGCGAAUGGCGAACACCUGGUCUGUGGUGGAGCGUUCGCCCAUAAAACCCGCCUGGUACUGCCCCACGAACUCCCUUGCAAUUGGUGCUAGUCGACGGCAUAAAAUUUGGGAGAGUACCUUGUAGGCGGCGUUCAGCAAUGUGAUUGCGCGGUAGUUGCUACAAUCCAUCUUAUCGCCCUUUUUAAAGAUGGGACACACGACACCUUCCAUCCACUCCUGCGGCAAAACUUCCUCCUCCCAAAUCUUGGUAAUGACCCAGUGCAGUGCUCUUACAGUGUUGGUAAAAACUCAAAAUCUCAAAACUCAUGGAUGAUUCAAAUCAAGCGUGAGUUGAAACGCACCAAACUCAGCACCUAAAAACUCAUGGAUGAGUUGAAUCAUUCAUUUCAAUCAUCGUAGGUUUUCUUUUGUUCUCCUUCGUUAAAAACAGUGAAUUGACGUUUGUUGCAUAAAACAUUAUACCCUCUUUUGUGUAUAAGCAAUAAAUUGCCCCCAAAUUGAUUUCAAAUGCGUUUUUAAACCAAAAUGAUUUUUUUGGCAAAUGAGUGAAUUGAUGCGUUUUAGCAUGAAAAGUUCAAGCGUGAUGCAUUCCUUUAAAAUCGCAGAUGAUUUCGUUCGCACGGGAGCGCUCGUUGAUUAAGAUUUAUGAGUGAUUUUACCAACACUGGCGCUCUAGCCAGUGCCUCGCCACCGUGUUUAAAUAGCUCUCCUGGUAGUUGGUCAACCCCAGGGGCUGUGUUCUUCAGUCGGCCAAUCUCCUCCUGGAUUUCAUGGAGACCCGGAGUCUGUAAAAUUGAGUCCUGCGCGCGUUCUCCCAGGUCCAUCACCAUACCGCCAUCUUCGUCUGCUACAUCACCAUUCAGGUGUUCUUCGUAAUGCUGCCGCCACCUUUGGAUCACCUCACGCUCGUUCGUAAGAAGGUUACCGUUUAUAUCCUUACACAUAUCAGGCAGUGGCACGUGGCCCUUACGUGAACGGUUCAACUUCUCAUAGAACUUUCGUGUGUUAUUAGCGCGGUACAGUUACUCUGUCUCUUCACGGUCUAGAUCUUCCUGCUGGCGCUUUUCCCUCCAGUUUAUGUCGUGCCUCGUUCGCCCUCGUGCGGUAUUGCAGCAACCUCCAUGCAAUCUCACAUGCUGCAUGCUUCUCUUCCAAUAACUGCUCACAUUCGCCGUCAUACCAGUCGUUUCCCGGAUCGGGGGCACCGUGCCAAGUGCAGCGGUUGCGGUCCUACCAAUGGCGGAUCGAAUAUCUCUCCAGCCAUCUUCAAGAGACGCUGCGCCUAGCUGCUCUUCCGUUGGGAGUGCCACUUCCAGCUGCUGCGCGUAUUCCUACCUAGUCUACCGUCUUGUAGCCGCGCAAUGUUAAGCCGCGGCGUCCGACUUCGACGCGUGUUGUCCACCGUCGAGAGUGUUGAGCGCAGGCAUACUGCAACGAGGUAGUGGUCGGAUUCAAUAUUCGCACUGCGGUAAGUGCGGACGUUCGUGAUGUCGGAGAAGAAUUUACCGUCGAUUAGAACGUGGUCGAUUUGGUUUUCCGUUUCUUGGUUAGGUGAUCUCCAUGUGGCCUUGUGGAUAUUUUUGCGGGAAAGAAAAUGCUUCGGACUAUCAUUCCGCGGGAGGAUGCGAAGUUUAUGCAUCGUUGACCGUUGUCAUUCGAUACGGUGUGCAGACUAUCCGGUCCGAUGACCGGUCUAUACAUUUUCUCCCUUCCUACCUGUGCGUUAAUGUCACCGAUGACGAUUUUGACAUCCCGCAGUGGGCAUCCAUCGUAUAUCUGCUCCAGCUGUGCGUAUAACGCUUCUUUCUCUUGUCGGGUCUCUUGCAGGCAUAUGCUUUGUUAAAAAGGCACUGAUGAAGCAGCCAUCAAACACUUUUGUGGUUUUAGAAGCGGAAACCCUGAAUCGGUCACCGGAAGAGUCAAGAAAGUAUGUAAAGUUUGUUUAAUACAGAAUGUAAUGUAAAAUUUAACGCAUAUCAAAAAGUCCUAAAUUAGCAAACGGCUUCCGCUAUUUUGUGCCUUUAUUCUGAAAUGGUUGACGAUGAUGUUUUCCUUUUAGGCAAAUGGUACAGGGGGAAUAAUCGCAUCACGGAAACGAAUACCAUCAGCCAUACGAUGUGGGUCGUUGCUCCUGAGCCGAAAAUCCACGCAUUGCUUUCACCCGCAUGAUUAUCACGAGCACUGAAUGCUACUUGCUUACAUGUUUUCUUCUCCUUCCUGUCACUCGCUUCUCGCUUCUGAAACUCCGAUGCGUAGUGGCCCAAUCGCUUACAUUCGAAACAUUUCACUGGUGCUUUCUCCUUGGAUUUGGACUUGUUUAGUCGACUGAAAAAUGGCCCGUCACAGGACCUGGAUUUGACCACACUACUUAUCUUCACGCCUUGGAGGAAUUUUGAUUUAACAGCAUCUGCAGUUAUCCGGGUCCCAGACCUCCAGGCUAUAUAGAUAGUAGAAUCUAUAGAUGAGCGAAAGCAUGGCUGAGUCGAUUUUUUUACCGUGCAUGCGCGCAUAUGACGUCACAGCCCUUAACAUUUCCAUUGAAAUCUCGUGAAACGUCAUGCUCGUUUGGAGACACGUUUGACAGUUCGUUUGGAGACAGAGGAUUUAUCUUCGCUCAUCUAUAUAUUGCACUAUCUAUACUCCAGGCCCCUUAUCAUGGGUUCGUACAUCUCUGGUAGACCCAUUAGAACAAGACUCGCCAACCACGUGUCGUCAAGCUUGAACCCAACUUCAGAAAGCUUUUGGCUUGUGGACAUCAUUUGGCUUACAUACUCCGGAACUUACGGAACUGCACUCUGCUAGUCGUAUGCUGGUUAGUGAUCGCAGUAAACCAAUUUGACGGGUUAUUCCAUUAUCUUGAAAAGCAUUUUUCAAAUUUGUCCACGCCACCUUUGCGGCUUCUGCGCUCUGUACCAGACUGUAAGACUGUGCUCGAAGUGAAACUGCAUCUGUAUGAUCCUCCGCUUCCCGAGUUACGGCGUCUCAUGUUCCUUCACAUAUAAGGACCAUCUUUGUUGCAAAGGGCCACGAGCUGUAAUUGUCUCUCCCUCGAAGCCGUUCAGUUGCUGGUAAAGAAAUUCCGCUUCCGCCUCCAUUUCUUGAUUUCCGACUCCAUUUCUUGAUAAGAUGACGCCUUCACCACCAACUCCAUUCGAGUUUCGAUUUCUUGGCAUUUUUGGACUUAAGAUUCAGACACUUCACAAAACAUGCAGACUUGAAAAAAAGGUGCUUCUGUUUUUCAGUUACUAUGGGCAACGUGACUAGGCCUCAUAACCUAAUAGAAAUGAAAUACGUCUGGCUCAUAGCUGAUACUGAAAGCAACUGAACUGAACGUUUUUUUUAUUCGAUCUGUAGUAUAGGUUCUCUGUGGUAUAGAGCACUGCUUUGUCUCUUUCUCGCUGCGAAGAAGUCCGAGAACAACAAGGCCAGUAAACGUCAAAAUUUAUGAAGAACGAAAGAGAAAGAGAUUUUGUGUGCAGUAUGCCCUAUUAAUUAUUCAUGGCUUACUAUCCUAACAGUUUGCUUCAAAAUUCCUCGAAGAUUUUGUUUGAAGUCCCUCAACGAUUUACUUCGGAAUCCCUUGCGUUACCUUCUGAAUACCUUCUGAUGUUUCUUCAGAAUUUUUUCCAGAUCCUUCAGAAAUUCUACACAGAAAUUCUAACGUAUUAAACAGCAAAAUCCAAUCAUUAAACGAUUAAAUAGUUAAAUUUUUUUGCUUAUCUAUGGCAUUCGGCCGCUGAACUGAUAAAAAUCUGCUCGAUAUGUUUUAUUGGUAGGUUGAUCCGGUAAUCACCGCUCGAAUCACUUCCUCUUCGCACGAUUCUUCCUUCCCACUACACAACCCACAAUAACACGCGGUACAGCGAGGCGCAAUUUCGACGGUGCCAGCUGCAGAAUGCAGCUCCCAAUGGCCACGUUUCGGGGUGGCUAGAAAAUAAUUUAAAAAUUUAAAUUCAAAUCAGGCCAGGCGCCAGGCCAAGAUCGUCCUUUCUUAAUUAAUUUUAUGCUUCUGCCCGCAUGGAGAGCACCCUCGUUUCCGUCCCUGAGCAAUCGUACUAUCCUGUUGUAAAAUUAUGACCGUGCCGGGCUGGGUGGGUCUCGAAGGAGCCAUGCGGUGUGGUUUGUGUGUUUUCCCCGCCAUUUAAUUGGUCUUUGAGGAUGCCCGAAGAAACGGUAUGCACCGUUUAUUGUCCAUAAAAUGUAUUAUGAAUGUGAACAAAAUAAGUUUGACAACAAAGUUUAUUGUCAUUGUUUCGUACACCAGUUUUUAUAGGUCUACUUAAAUGAACUCUAAUUUAAUUAAUAAAAUUGUUUUUAGGAUUUCAAAAUGUUCACUUCAUCACUUUCUUCUUGCUGUUUUGUUGCUUUCUUCAAACCGAACAGUUAGCAACUCGAAACUGUUCAUCAAAUGAUUAAUUCAUUCGUUGGAAUGUAUCAUUCAGAGUUGUGUUGGAAACAGACGACUAUCUGAGGAAUAAUUUUACUCGGGAACUUAUGAGUAGGCUCGUACUCUAUUUGAGGGUUUAUUUUCCAAGUGUCGCUAGCGGUGAGGCGAGGUUCUACCAGAUUAAAAAUCCGGUGAUGACAGUAAACGAACGGCUGGAAUGAAGUAAUAUUUUAAUGAAGAUUAAAAUUACGAAAACGUAGGAUUUUUUUUGUUCUUCCGACUUAGUUUCGAUAUUCAUGGGAUAUCACUUUAAAUUAUCUGUUUUUCGGUACCAUUGCAUUUUUUUUCAUAAAAAAUCUACUCCCCCGCUUCUUUUUAGUGGCAACGUCGCAACGAAAAAUAAUCGCCUAGCAAAACAUACCUUCAGAAAAAAAAGCUACUUUGAUAUUUUUUGAAAAUUUGACCGUCACGUGGUGGAUUCUGGCGGUGAAUGCUUUGACAGCACGUGCUAUUUGGUUUGUUUUUUAAUGACGACAAUGCAUGACUAAUAGAGACAAAUAUUAUAAAUUAUAAGUCUCACCAGAUUGGAUCUUCAUGUGAUGUUAUAUUUCAACUAUUUCAAACAACAAUUGACUCCACGAUGGGAGGUUGGUUAGUUAGAGAAGCAAGCAAGCACGAAAAUACUUGCUUUUCCGGGUAAGUUUCACAGGUUUUGUCCCAUUUGAUCCAUCUAUCUACAUACUACGCUGUUCCAAUGCUCAGUAUUGGGAAUGGUUAGACUCCUACUCCAGUGCGAGAACAUGCCAGAUUGUACUUUCCGAGAAGGAUGACGAGCCUUUCAAUAUAUGAAUUCAUCCAAUCUCUUAACCAUCCUAAUUGCUUUCCUAUAUAAUAUGUAGAACAAACAACCUGCUAGGGAAAACAUUGAAUUGAAACCAAUCAUUGAAUGAAUAAUAUCCAUUUGUUCAUAUAGUUGGGCGCUUCAGUCCCGUCGACAAACACUCCACAAUUCCAUAAACUGCAGCUGUCGUCCAUCACGAGCAAAUAUCUAUUAGCUAAUAUGUUCCAUUUAUUAUAUUAUAUCACACAAACCAAUUAAAAGUAGUCCCUUUUCUAGCCAUAUGCUUCCAAACAUAAUGAGUGCCAACCGACAAACCAAAUUCAUCAUUUUAUUGUCUGAUGCCUCCUGCGGGCGACCGUGUGAACGUGGUUGGAAAACUAAUUUAGGUUUAGCUAAACAAAACGGUAAUAAAUACAAAAAGAGUGCCAAUCGACUGAUGACGGAGAAAAUAGGAAAAAGUUUAAACUGUUGUGGAAGGAAUAGUAAAUACUGACAUGGAGCAAAUGGAAACAAUAUUGUAUAAAGAGUAAACAAGUGCAAAGUAAACAGGCAGCCUACAUGUAGGCAGAAGCACCCGUGGCACUGCUGAGUACUGUGAAUGAAAGAAACAAAGGGAAAGUUUUGAAAACACGUUCUUUUAAUGCAUCUCAUUUUAUACGAAGCAACAGAAAAUUAAUCCUCAAUUGAAAAGUAAACAGUGCAGGAAAAACUCUGGCUUGUUUUUUUGCAGGAAAGUUUCCCGACACAUGAAAGCCCUCGCAGCUAUUUUUUCUUAACCCAUACCCUUUGUACGGGUUCGUAUUUCGCGCCCACAGACAGUCGCCACUCCCAGCUCUACUGCAGGGUUUGUUGCACUAAUUAAAAGCCUCGGUAAAAUUCAACCAGUGUACGACUGGGCUAAUGAGAAAAAUGCUGCCAAGUAGGCGACUAGGCGAGUCCUCGGGGAGAUCAAAGCAGUCGUAUUAUUUUUCAUUUGGCUACUUUUAGUUUUCCUUGUUGUCUAAGUCCAUCUCAUUUUUUCUUAUUUUGAAAGCCGUUCUAAAACUCCCUUGGUACUAACUUUACUGACGCGCGCUGGUUUGCUGUCAAAGACAGUAGGGCGCCAUUGUAGUAGCCAAUAAUAGCUUCCUAAUUAUAUAUUAUUUUCUUAUUAUUAUUACUACAUUAAUAGUUACUUCAGUAGUUUAAGACAUACACAAUUGAAAACACCCUUAUGACGUUCAAAUUUCAUUGAGUCAGAGAAUGCGAAACUGAAUCACAACAAAAUAUUAACAAACAACAGAAUGGAGGCACGCCACCGUGAUUCAAGAUCAAGUGUACUUGUAGUCUCGUAAGCCGGAAGAUCCCGGAGAUUUAUGAAAUCGAUAGCUCGCGCAGGUGAGAACACUCGAUGAUAUAGGACCGAAACUGUUCAAACCAUACGAUUGGUUCGAUUUGAUUGCGUUACAUACUCCUGUUUUUAUUUUUUAAAGUCAUAUAUGAACAUCUAUUUCUAAGUAGGUUUACGUGCCGAUUUUACUCUUCUCUCGGAGCAAGGGUGCGAGUGCGAAUUGUUUAGGAAACGCGAAUUGUUAUUGAACUGAGAAAUGAACACAUUUACAAAUGUACACAAAAACAACCGAAUUAUAUAUAUGGACGCGAACCAUAUUGUAGAGUUGUGCGAGGAGUGUAAAUGGUGAAUGGAUGAAAUAAAAACUAAUUGAAUCAAAUG